GUUCAAUUUUCCACUCUACAUAGAUUCAUCCACAAUGGUCUUACCUGGUGAAAUCAUCCCGAUGCCAAAAAAGCGAGCAAAGAAGGAACCCCCAACGAUUCAGGGGGUGGCAGCGCAGCAUUUUGCAGCCCAACAGAAACGGGAGGUCGAAGCAGCACAACAAGCUCUUGCGGCAAUAAACCAACCUCCGGCCCCCGAACCCCCCGAACCCCCUGAAACUCACAAUGGACCUAUAUAUGACGACCUCGCAAUGGAUCAAGGAAAUGAUCCAGCUGAUUCUAGUGAUGGCGAAGGACAACGGGUUGUUGCCAAUCGAAGGGACUACUAUCGAGAUCCGACAUACCAGGAACGAACCCUUAGAGAAGAGGCUCACUGGCAAGCCGUCUUACCUAAAGUAUUUCUAGCUUUCAUGCCCUGUAGCCGUCAAACGUAUCAAUGGUGUGAUCCAGUUUUGUGGAAUCAAGACUUUAACUCCACCUAUAAAUGCAAAAAUUGGCAAAAACAAACAGUUGUGGUAAAUGCAGUAGAUUUCACAAGUCGAAAGAAGCUUUCCGUGGAGGUGUGUGAUUGCACCUCAGACUUGGUGCGACUGAUACGUCUUGGCUACAUGGGUUCCAAGCCCGUGGUUCCAAGGACCGCGUUCUCGAUUCGCUUGCUUCGCUUCCACCAUACAUUGUGGAAGUAUUCAAGUGUUCGGCUGAGCGCAUUCACCGAUACAAUGGAUGAAUACUUAGAUCCUUGAAAUCCUCUAUUUCAAGUACCCGGUACAG